AUGGUAUCAAUAAUAUUAAAGGUGGUCGGUGGCCUUGUUGGCUUUCUUGUUUUACUACUUGUAAGAGAACAGAUUGUUGAAUUUCAAUACAAGAGUAAAGCUAAGAAGUACGGAUGUGCACCUCCACUUACUAUCCUGGAUAGGCCAUUCGGCUUUCCCUCGUUUCUCAAGCUUAGAAAGGCAAAUUCCGAAGACAAUAUCUUUUUCUGGGCAAUUGAUUACAUCGAGUCUCUUACUGAUAAGUAUCGCGAGCCAGGAGUUAGUAAAGAUGUCGGACUAUGGACCACACGUCACCAAACAACUUUCGAUAUGAAUAUUCUUACUGUCGAUCCAGAGAAUAUCAAGUCGGUUUUGGCGACAAACUUCAAGGACUAUUCCUUGGGAAUUCGUUACCAACAAUUACUUCCUCUUCUUGGAAAUGGUAUUUUCACUCUUAGUGGUGAGGGCUGGAAGCACUCAAGAGCCAUGCUUCGUCCUCAAUUUUCCCGUGAUCAAGUAUCCCAAUUGGAAUCUCUUCAAGACCAUGUUGGUACUUUGAUUGACAUCUUCAAGACCAAAAGCCGUGGUGGUAACUUUUUUGAUGCCCAAGUGCAUUUCCAUGAGUUGACUAUGGAUACUGCUACCGAAUUCUUGUUCGGAGAGAGUGUUGAUUCACUCCAUGAUUCUCAGCGUCGUGUUCAAGGUCCUACUCGUCUUGUAUCUGCAUCUGAGUUUGCUUCUGCUUUCCAAUACUGUCUGGCCAAGUUGUCACUUCGUACCCAUUGUGGUCCUCUCUACUUCCUCAUUGACUCGUUUGAAUUCCGUAAGAGAAUCUCCAUUUGUCACAAUUUCGUUGACUACUUUGUCUACAAAGCUUUGGAAAGACCUCAAACUACCGAAAAGGACUCUGAAGGAUACGUGUUUAUUCAUGAGCUGGCCAAGGAGACUCGUGACCCCUUGGUAAUCCGUCAACAAUGUCUUAAUAUUCUUCUCGCCGGCCGAGAUACUACUGCUUCACUGUUAUCAUUCUUAACCUACUAUUUGGCCCGUGACAAGCGUGUUUGGAACAAGCUGCGGGAGGCUGUCCUGGCUGAAUUCGGUGAAACCCCUGAUUCCCUCAGUUUCGAGUCGCUCAAGAGAUGUACCUAUCUCAAUCAUGUUAUUAAUGAGAUGCUACGUCUGCAUGCUAUUGUACCUCUUAACUUUAGAACUGCCAUCGUCGAUACAGUCCUACCCAGAGGUGGUGGCCCAGAUCAAAGCAAGCCUAUCUUUGUUCCCAAGGGAACAAAGGUGGUUUAUUCUAUUUUUGUUACACAACGUAUGAAGGCGCUCUGGGGAGAAGAUGCCGCUGAAUUCAGACCUGAGAGAUGGGCUGAAGGUACAACUCACACUUGGGACUACCUUCCAUUUAACGGUGGUCCCAGAAUCUGUUUGGGUCAACAAUUUGCACUCACUGAAAUCGGAUUUACAACUGUUAGAAUCUGCCAAGAAUUUAAGGACAUUAUUUUCACUGGUUCUCCUUCAUAUCACAAAUUGCCUCAAUCCACUGGGCUUACUAUUUCUGUAGCAAAUGGUGUCAACGUAUCUUUUGUCCCAGUAGACGAAAAAUAG